GGAGACUGUUUCUGAGAGUGUAGAGAGUGGAGGACGAGAACCCAAUGCCAGCUGCCAACAUCAUGGAGAACCUCCAGCUACCCGCCCUGCAGGUGCCGGGGGAGUCUCAGGGAGCCCCCGAGGUCAGCCCAGUCUGGUCCAGCUCAUCCACUCCAACGCUUCGUCGGCGGAGAUUCAAGAUGCGCCGGAUGAAGAACGUGCAGGAGCAAAGUUUGGAGGGGGGCCUGGCCCCGGACUUGUCCAGCUCUCUGGCCCCUGGCAAGGAGUUUUUACAGUUGCCGUCCAUCGAGAUAACACCAUCCAGCGAUGAGGACACUCCCUGGUCCAACUGCUCCACACCCAGCGCCUCACCCCGCCGCAAACGCUUCCUCCUCCGAAAGUGGCUGCGGGUGAGGGAGCGCAAACAGUGCAGUGAGAGCAGCAGUCAGCAGAGCAGUCAACAGAGCAGCCAUGACGAUGAUUCCAGCCGGUUCCUGAGUCCCCGAGUACGGGAGGAGAGCACUGCCAGUAACUCCAACCGCAGCACGCCUGCCUGCUCCCCCAUCCUCCGCAAGCGGUCCCGCUCACCCACCCCACAGAACCCGGAGGGAGACACCAUGGUGGAGAAGGGCUCGGACCACUCCUCCGACAAGUCCCCAUCUACGCCGGAGCAGGGGGUACAGCGCAGCUGUUCUUCUCAGUCAGGACGGAGUGGCAGCAAGAAUUCCAAGAAAAGCCAGAGUUGGUAUAACGUCUUAAGCCCAACUUACAAGCAGCGGAAUGAAGACUUCAGAAAACUUUUCAAGCAACUUCCUGACACAGAGCGUCUCAUCGUUGAUUACUCAUGUGCGCUCCAAAGAGACAUUCUCCUCCAGGGCCGACUCUACCUCUCCGAAAAUUGGAUCUGUUUCUACAGCAACAUCUUCCGCUGGGAAACUCUGCUAACAGUGCGAUUGAAAGAUAUCUGCUCCAUGACGAAAGAAAAAACAGCCCGACUCAUUCCCAAUGCAAUCCAGGUUUGCACAGACACAGAAAAGCACUUUUUUACAUCCUUUGGGGCCCGAGAUAGGACGUACAUGAUGAUGUUCCGGUUAUGGCAGAACGCCCUCCUGGAGAAGCCCCUGUGUCCCAAGGAGCUGUGGCACUUUGUCCAUCAGUGUUAUGGAAAUGAACUGGGCCUGACCAGUGACGAUGAAGACUACGUGCCCCCAGAUGAUGACUUCAACACGAUGGGCUAUUGUGAGGAGCUCCCAGUAGAAGAGAAUGAGGUGAAUGACAGCUCCUCCAAAAGCAGCAUAGAGACCAAGCCAGAUGCCAGCCCACAGCUGCCGAAGAAAUCUAUCACCAACAGCACAUUGACCUCCACCGGAAGCAGUGAAGCCCCUGUCUCGUUUGAUGGAUUGCCCCUGGAAGAAGAAGUGGUGGAAGGGGAUGGCCCUCUGGAGAAGGAGCUCACGAUCGACAACAUCAUUGGGGAGAAAAUCGAGAUCCUUGCUCCAGUGAACUCACCCUCCUUGGAUUUCAAUGAUAAUGAGGAUAUUCCCACUGAGCUCAGUGAUUCAUCUGACACCCAUGAUGAAGGAGAAGUCCAAGCCUUCUAUGAAGACCUGAGCGGCCGGCAGUAUGUGAAUGAGGUCUUUAACUUCAGUGUUGACAAACUCUAUGACCUGCUCUUCACGGACUCUCCCUUUCAGAGGGAUUUCAUGGAGCAGCGACGCUUCUCUGAUAUCAUCUUUCAUCCGUGGAAAAAGGAGGACAAUGGAAACCAGAGUCGAGUGAUUCUCUACACCAUCACCCUCAACAACCCUCUGGCUCCCAAAACUGCCACUGUUACAGAGACCCAGACCAUGUACAAAGCCUGCCAGGAAAGCGAAUGCUACGUGAUAGAUGCUGAGGUGCUCACCCACGAUGUGCCAUACCAUGACUACUUCUAUACCAUCAACCGCUACACACUCACCCGCGUGGCUCGAAAUAAGAGCCGACUCAGGGUCUCCACAGAGCUGCGCUACAGAAAACAGCCCUGGGGGCUAGUGAAAACCUUCAUCGAGAAGAAUUUCUGGAGUGGGCUUGAGGAUUAUUUCCGCCAUUUGGAGAGUGAGUUGACAAAAACAGAGAGCACCUACCUGGCUGAGGUACACAGACAGUCUCCCAAAGAGAAGGCCAGCAAAGCCUCUGCUGUACGGAGGAGGAAGCGACCCCAUGCCCAUCUGAGGGUACCCCAUUUGGAGGAGGUUAUGAGCCCUGUCACUACUCCUACAGAUGAGGACGUGGGCCAUAGGAUCAAACACGUAGCAGGUUCUACCCAGACCCGGCACAUCCCUGAAGACACUCCUACUGGUGGCUUCCACCUCCAGAGUGUGUCCAAGCUGCUCCUCAUUAUCAGCUGUGUGAUCUGUUUCAGCCUGGUGCUGCUGGUGAUUCUCAACAUGAUGCUGUUCUACAAACUCUGGAUGCUGGAAUAUACCACCCAGACUCUCACUGCGUGGCAGGGCCUGAGACUCCAGGACAGGGGUCUGGGAGCACAGGACAGUCCUCUGAGCAUAACUCCAGCUGCCGGGGUGACCCUUCUUGUGCCCCACAGGUUACCGCAGUCCCAGACAGAAUGGGCUCAGCUCUUAGAAUCCCAACAAAAGUAUCAUGACACAGAGCUCCAAAAAUGGAGGGAGAUCAUCAAAUCCUCUGUGAUGCUUCUAGACCAGAUGAAGGACUCACUCAUCAACCUUCAGAAUGGCAUCAGAACCCGGGACUACUCAUCUGAAAAAGAGGAGAAGAGGAACCACUAUCAUUGACAAGGCAGGAAUAGGGGUGACUCCAGAGGCCUGUGCAAUACAUGUACAUAGACCAUAUAAAUAUAUAUAUAUAAAUAUAUAUAUAUACAGAAUAUAAAUAUAUAUUAUAUACAGAUUUUAAAAAAGAGAUAAUGCCUAUGUACUAGGGAGAAGGAGCAGGACUGCCUCCUGCACUGGCCGGAAAAGCAAUUUCUUUCGGUGGAGGGCAGGGGGCAGCUCCCAGCACCGACCCUCCCCAACCUUCUCUGUCCCUCCAGUCCUUCCAUCCCCACCCUUCCCUUGCUGGCCAUCCCUUGGCUGUUUGAAGGGAAGUGAAGUUGAGCCAAAGUCAUGCUUGGGCAGGCCCUGGGGUCUUGGAUAGGAGUCUCAAAGGGGCAUUGCUAUGGUGCUUCAUUCCCUGCCCUCUCUUUUUUUUUUUGGAAAAUUGGAAAAAAAAGGGGGGAUCCCUCUUUCCCCACCAUCCUAGCUUAUCCUGGAUGCCCAGAUGUGGGGGGCAGGGAUUCAGGCCUCCAACUGACAGAGGGGGCUCCACCUAUAUCCCACCAUGAAGGGCCACCAAGGAAAAGUGGACCUUCAGCCAGAUGGACAGGACAUGUUAAAUAUGCCAAAAGGCAGUAUUUGUGGGAUUUGUGGUGGGGUGGGAGGGUAUGGGAGUGGGCAGAGUGGGAGGGCUUUGAGACUGAAGAAUCCCUGAGAAUUCUUUGUCACUGCUGCCUCCCCUGAUCUUCAUUGGGGUCCUCCAGCUCAGAAUACACACGAGCUGGGGGAGCACAGGUCUCUCAUUUUUUACUCUCUCUGAUGUUCACUCAGGUUGGGUCUGUGUAAAAUUAAGUUGCUUUUGAGUGCCUGAAAUUCUGCUGUCCUCUUCCUCCUCCCACCCCCCACAAAAGAACAUUGUUUCUUAGAAUGUGUAAAACUUAAAUGAUUUUGUUAAGAACUUAUUUUUAUCGGUUUUAGGGCCAGAAGGAUGAAUAGUUCUAAUUCAAUUCACUUUGAGCCAAUGCUGUAAAAUACCCAGUUGGGGGUUGAAGUAGGGUGAGGGUGGGAAGAGGGGCUUGAGAAAAUGAAUAACAAGGUAAUGUAUAGGAACCAACAGGGCACAAAAAAACACUGCAAAAGCAUUGUGAAGAGGCCUGAGCCCAAGCUGACAUUUCUUGUCCUCGAAUGGUUGCCAGUGUUAUUUUUUUUACAUGCCCCUCCUCCCCCUGCAAUGUAGACCCAUGUUCAGUACAGAGAGAUUCUACUCUCUAGGUUGGGUUUUAUUUCUGGCAUGAAAGGAAGGAUCUACUUGACAGAGGGGAUGAGAACCAGGGGAGCAUCUCUUUCUCUUUGAUAGUCCCUCAUCUAGCUAGUAUUUAGGCUUCUGAAUAGAGGGGGAAUUGUUGGAGGAAAACUCCCUCUGGCCUUUGGGUCUGAGAGGCGUCAUGGAGUAAAGGGAUGAAGCUGGACUGGGGACUUGAGUCAUCACUGUGUUUUUUCUUAAGAACUGAAACAUUAGUCAGGCACGUGGACCAGAGGGAUGGAUAGUGUCCAAGCUUGGUGUGAGCUGGUAAGCUUCUUAGCUUGGAACACUAUCUAAUCUCUACCCCCAACCCCACUGUUUCCCCUUCUAAAUCCAAGGGAGUCCUGCCUGAAAUAGGCACAAUCCCAAGAGGAAUAUUGAACUGCAAAGGGAAAGGGACCAGCAGCAAGGCAGUGAGGAGGGCUCUUUAGAUGACAUAAACCUUCUGGGUCCUAGGAAGCAGGGAUCGCGGAAAUUCAUGAACAGAGUAUAUCGUAAAGAGAAGAUAGUUUUUAUUGAUCUCCUAUAUUGAUGUUUAACAAAUAGUGGACUUCUGUUUUCCCUGGUGGCCAGGGAGAGGGGGCUUUUGGACCUCCAUAAACCACAGCAUCCCAGGAAAUCCAACAGUAUGGGGAACUGACACAAAAUGUGCACAUCUCUACAGAGAUGACUCUUUCUGGGGCAGGGACACGCCCUAAUUUAGAAUGGGGUUGAGAAAGUUCAGAAUACUGGAUGAUACAUUCCCAGUAGGAAUGAGGAAAAGGGUCUCAGUUUCAUGCUGAGGUUGGUGUCUAUCCCUGCUCCACCCUCAGUGGACAGCCUGAGACUUAGGAUCUGGGGAGGUAAGAGUGCCUAGAAUCCCUUAGGAGGGUGGAUAUCCACAUAAGCCAGUGCGGCUUCAUGAAACACUGCCAAUCACCCAUUUAGCAGCUGUCAACUGAAGUCAUUUUUCUCUGGCCCAAUUAGGUGACCAGUAACUGAGUGGAAAAGGCUGGGCAAGGAACUUAUGAAUUCAUAGUAAAGGAGGGAGGUGGUUGAAUGGCCUGAAAUUAUUAAAAUCCGGAGUGGCCACAAGCCAAGAUUGCUCACGGGAGCUUUUGGGGAGCAAGAGUUAUAAAUUAUCUUAUUUAUUUUAUUUAUCAUUAUUUAUUUCAUUGAGAGCUGCUGCCUCCCCCUGGCUGUUGUGAGGUCUUUUCAAAUGGCUUCAGAAAGGUUCCUUGGGAGGAGGAUGAAGAUUCAUCCUCCCUGUUAAGCAAAGGGAAGAGGGCCACACACUGGAAUCUGCUCUUCCUUAAGCCUGCUGAGAUGCAUUAGACAGGAAGAUUGGCAUCAAGAGAAACAUUCUUGUUGUGUGUCUGAGGAGAUGAAGAGCUAGACAUAGGAAAUACCCAGGACCUUCCUGGUGAGUAGAAACCAGGAGAAAAUAUGUGACUUUUGGAGAAUUAUUUUGACUUCUUUGGGCCUCAGUUUCCUCAUCUGCAAAAUGAGAUUGUUGGACUAGACAUUCUUUAAAGCCAUUUCCAGUGCUAUGAUUCUAUGAUGCUAGGAAAGGCACCAACCUGGAUCCCUCCCUUCCCUGCAGCAGAAAGCCCAGUGGCUCCAAGGACUUCUCUUAUUCAACAGCCUUUGGAGGAGAAGGAACCUCAAGCCUUGCAGAUAAGAUAGUCUCCCUCCCUGAAGGCUGCUCAGCCUGGGCCACCCAAAGAAUAAUAGCAAAGGAAAUAACAUGGUACUUACUACUGGAUACUGUCAUCCUUGACCACUGUAGCCUCAGGCUGGUAGCUCUCUGCAAGGGGCAUUCACAACCACCACCUGCCUUAUUUCUUUUGAUUGGAGAUCCAUUUCCAAACAGAGAAGAAACUUGAUUUCAUGUAUUUCCUUUGGGGUCCUUCGGCAGUGGGGAGAGUCAGGGGUCAUGCUGGGACUACCUUUGUAGAUGGGUUCCUUAUGCCAAGGCUUUUGUAAAGGUUGUAGAUGGAGGAGGAGCAGCCACCAGGUGUAAACAGUUUAGAGGAAUGCAGUUGAAUCACCCAUGGAGACUAGCAAAGUGUGAUCCCUAGUUUAUUCUCUGUAGGAGAAUAGCCACUUGAAGUCUGCAACUUAGAAGCUGCCUCCAGGUUUCAUCAAGAGCCAGGGUCAAAGAGUUGUCAGUGUUUGAGGAGGAUAAGAUAAAGGAGCCUUUAAGGACAGACCCUGCUGGAUUGGGGCUUGGAGUUUUCCAGGGUUGCAGAGGAGUGUCAGGGUAAGGUAUUUAUCCUAACUGGCAGGAGUUGGGUGGGCUGUGAGAGAGUCCAGAGAGAUCAGUCUGUCUACUAGCUCAGUAUUCACCCCAGGACAUGUUUCCUCCCUCCUGACAUCAGUUUUUCUUUGUUUGAGAACAUUUACUCGAGAUUUCCCAUGAGUUAAGAGAGGCUGAUGGGUUCAGUGAAGUCCUCCCUCCCUGGAGGAAGCUUUGGGGAUAUUCCUCCUCUUUGGAAAUCCCCAUCCCCAUCUCUUCCACUACUUCCUUCAUCUCCUCUUCUCAUACUCACCCCCCCCCAAAAAAAAACAACCAACCCCACCCAAACCCACUUAAGGGUUUGAUUUAACUGUGAAGUGCUCACAGGAGCCUCCAGAGAAUGGAGAACUUCAGGGCAUAGUACCUAAGAAACUGGAGCGGAGGAAGGAGACUGAACAACCUUCAGUGAAGCAUUGAGUUAGGAGUAGGCAGGUGGCUCCUUUCUUAGAUUGUGCCUCAGGUUCCAGAGACAGCAGCUCGAGGAUGAGAUCUAGGGAAGGGGCUAGGGAAGGAAUAUUUGUGAUCCCCCAAAAGAUUCUUUCCGUGCCAUAUCAUGCUGCUUAUCUAGACGUGCACGGCAGCCAAAGCUAGUCCUUCCCUUACCUUAAUCCUUACAGAGAUAGUACCCUCUUUUCCAGGUGUCUGGGAUAUGGACUUCCCACCCCCACCUCCCUUCAAAAGAUCUCUUCCCCUGGUGAUUCCUCUUAACGCCAGUGCUCCCUUACUGUGUCUCUAGGCUAUGAGACAAUCACCCCCUCCCCCUUAUCAUUCUCCCUUAUUUAGGCAGGCUGGUCCCGCUUCCCUUCACCUCUAUGUUUCCUUCCAGAUGUGAUUUUGGUUCUGAGAGGAACAUUAUUCUGGAAGGCCACCUUUUUAACCAUCUUGCUUUCCUAGUGUGAAAGCAGGAAUUUUGCACAUGGCGUAGAGAGCUCUCCUCCCCCCUCCUCUCUGCCCAGCCUCGUUACCUCACUCCUCCUGCCCCGGCUGGUGGCGUCUGCGACAAGACCAGGCCGGAUCUACUCCUUGCACCCAAACCCCAACCCCCAGCCCAUGUUCCAUGUGGCAAGCACAGCUCAGGGGUCUUGGGCAUUGUUUUCCGUUGCAACUCAUGGUCCUCUCCAGGCCUGGGAACCUGGACCAGAGUCGCGGCUGCUAGUGAGAAGCACCUCUCCCGCCAAGGGUAGCUGAUGCCAGACUAUCUCCCCCACAUGUGAAAGCUAAAAGAACAUUUUCUUGCCUCUUUUGCCCCCUGCCUUUGGCCCCCUGCUCUUCACAAUACAACGUGGCACUUUGCAGAAUCAAUAUGGCGGCCUCUGCGCAAGGUGGGAAGCCUGGGUAGCAGCUGGGGAGCCCAUCCUGGACUUAGUAGCCAGUGGCAUUGCGCACGUAGGGAAAGCAGCAUUUUUGCCAAGCCAUCCUGCGUGGAUCCCAGCUCUUCCUUGCCCCACACUCUAUGGGCCGGCCCAGAAUUUGCAUGGACCAUCUUCCCCAACCCAAGGUGCUUUUGUUGUUCCCCACUCACCCUGGGCCCCUAGUUGAAGAGGGGAGAGGUGGAGAGGCUACAGCUGCCUCCGGGGCAACCCUGGAAGUAUGUGGGGUGGGGUGCCUGGGAAGGGGGAAGAAUGCUGGUUUGAAUACAGUCAGGUUGUCUGGCUGUCUUUUGUUUGGUUCUAUAAUUGUACUUUUUGCCUGGCGCUGUGCGCAAGGUAUGAAACCGGAAACUUACUGCUAGAACCUAGAAACAUACAAGGCUACUCAGCCAAAUCUUAAUGUAAAGUAGCUAGAGCCAUGGAAGUAUGGUAUGAAUUAAAGGGAAAAAAGUAUUGAACAAACUAA